GCUAUGGCACUGCAGGCUGAAAUGCUCAAUCCCACAGGAGCUUCAGAAGCGUCCAGAGUAUUCGUUCUUGAUAGCACUAUGCUCAUCAACUGUGGCGACAUUUGCUUGCUACCCACUUGACACUGUCAGGCGCCAAAUGCAAAUGCGAGCAACUCCUUUCAAGUGUGUGUCUGAGGCGAUUCCAGGUAUUAUUGCCAGAGACGGGGUCCAAGGCCUGUAUCGGGGAUUCAUUGCCAACGCUCUAAAGAAUUUGCCAAACACAAGUAUUAGGCUUGCAACGUUUGAUGCGGCAAAGUUGCUCAUUGACAGAAGCCACAAGGAGUUUGAUGAGCUAGUCCUUCGUAAUCAUGAACAGCUUAUGAAGCAGCACGCACCAACAUGAAACACUUUGGGAGGCACAGUCUGCCUGAAUGGAAAAGCAAACAGAUCUCCAGGCAUUCACUUUCUUUUUCUGUUUGCUCAGAACAAUUGGUGUUUCCACCACAACACAAACUGAUUACGAGUGCAGUAGACAGAUAUGUGAAGCACACAGGUUCUACUCGUACUCUAGGCAGACUGCUUUCAAUGUCCUGCUUUGAUGGCUAUGGAAGGCAUUCUUUCGCUUGCUAAUCUAAUGGGCGGUGGCUGCUAUGCCUGCAUGGAUGAAUGCUAUGAAGAUAUGCAUGCGUAAGGGUGUGGCAAAUGCCCCUUCCCUUCUCUCCAUUGCUGUUGAAAAUGAAGCAGGCACUCACCUUUUACCUUGAGGCCUAAGAAAGAUCUAGGGAAUUUUCUUCUUCUGUCGUGCACACUGUGAAUGUGCAUCCUUUGUCCCCUCCCCACUCCUCAUCGCCGAGCAAAGCGAAGCAAUUGCUCACCUUUUAGAGCUUUGCAUGCACAGAAGAUCGGGGGGAGGCACUCGGACAAUCACUGCUUGCAUUUUUUAGGUUGCGAGCAUUUUUUCCUCCCCUUUGGACUAUCCACGGGUGUGGGCAUACAUGCCCCACAGUGCCUUCUGAUAAUUGCUUACCUGUAUAUGUGGCAUGUUUGCUGUGCAGUGCACAUCAGAUGCCAAUGGACAACAGUUCCAUCCACACUGUUGGAGUCUAUGGCUCAGCUAAAUUCUCUGCUGUCCAUGACUUCUCUGUUUGGCUAUCUACACGCGGGUAUCUUUCUGUUCAGAAGCUCGCUGCUUUCCACCCAGUGUAGCUUGGGCGUGAUAAAAAAGUUAUUUUGCUCCUUACCAAUACUGGCUGAUGAUCGCCAGUGGUUUUCCUGGACUAGUUUCCUUCUCUUCUGCCUGUGGCACUCCAUCUCUUCUCUCUUCUCUAGUGGCUUGGUAUGGCAUAUACUUCUAUGCUGUACGGGCAUUGACACGGACAAAGCAAUUCGUUUCUGCGGUAUGUACUAUGCUGUUAUUCCUUCUCAUACUACUUUAUAUGGAGUAUUCGUUGCUGACAAGGCGGCAGAGCUUCAAGCAAUAUGCCAAGUUGCUUAGGUGGGGGUGAGUUGUGGUAAUGAACAUACUGACGACGAUCUCAGUGGCUCCAGUGGAGCCUGCUACUGCUUUGUGUACAUUGCAGAAAAAUACCUACGCUUUGGAGUGCGGACGUCCGGAGAGUGAGGCUGCUGUACAGCAGGUGUUCUUCUUCAUUUGGAGGAACGUAGUUCUGUUUGGGACUUUGUUUACAACAUUACACCGAACAAUUUGUGACCUGUAAUCAUCAUUUCAACUCAUCUCCUGCUUAUGCCCUCUUCAGUGAACCAGCAUUUCCUCUGCUGGCAUGCUAGCAACUGAUGCAUUGGCCUUCACUGGAUUUAAAGUUCACAACUUCACAAUCCUUUAGCGACUGAUUGUGACACCCUUCUGAGGACCUGGAGUAAGUUCCACUACCUUCCUUUUUGCCAUAGCACGAUGAUAACAAGUGACACUCGCAUAAGGAAUAGAGAUACCCUUCUGAGGACCUGGAGUAAGUUCCAUCCUUUUUGCCAUAGCACGAUGAUAACAAGUGACACUCGCAUAAGGAAUAGAGAAGAAUGUGCAGGACAAGCUCUGUGAUAGUGCUUUUGUAUCGGCAAUGAAUGCAUGACAUGACAAUCCUCUUCAACAACUUACCCCUCAGGAAAGUGAGAAUAGGUUCAUGGCUCCUGGCGAGGACUUGAUUCUGCAGUGACAAAGAUCAUUCAUAGCUGGCGUCAUCGCAGUCUGAAGGAUAGUGGUGUCCUGUUUGGUAAUUGUACGGAGGCUGUCAGAGGGGCGAUGCUGUGGUGUUCUGUUUGGUAAUUGUAUGGAGGCUGUCAGAGGGGCGAUGCUGUGGUGUUCUGUUUGGUAAUUGUAUGGAGGCUGUCAGAGGGGCGAUGCUGAGGCCAGGCAUCUUUUCAUGGGCGAAGUAAUAAAUGUCUUUCCAAGAU